AUGGUCUUUCUACACUCUGGUUGGGCUGUUGUACUUGCCAAUAUCCUGGUACCACUGGGUAUUCUCGUAUUCUCAUCUGGCUUCUUCCCCUAUAAACCGCUACUACCUGGUCUGGCCACUUUUGACGAGAUUGACCAAAAUGCUACACCGGCAAUCUUUAAUAAGGUCAUUUUUAUGGUUGUCGAUGCACUCCGCAGCGAUUUUGUCUAUUCCUAUGAAUCUGGUUUCUCAUUCACGCAAAGCUUAAUCCGAGCAGGGGCUGCCUUGCCUUUCACUGCCCAUGCUAGCUCGCCAACUGUCACAAUGCCUCGAUUGAAGGCGAUGACCACGGGCUCAGUGCCCUCAUUUCUAGAUGUGAUCCUCAACAUCGCCGAGUCAGACACCGGCUCAAGUCUUGCGUACCAGGACACAUGGCUGGCGCAAUUGAGAGCUAGGGGAGAUAGCCUUGUCAUGUACGGUGAUGAUACGUGGCUCAAGCUGUUCCCAGGGAUGUUUGACCGCGCAGAUGGAACCACAAGCUUCUUUGUGUCGGACUUUACCGAAGUGGACAAUAACGUGACUCGCCAUGUUCCCGAGGAGUUAGCCCAAAGCGACUGGUCAGCAAUGAUCAUGCAUUAUCUGGGCCUCGACCAUAUCGGACAUAAAGCAGGUCCCAAGAGCCCUUUUAUGCUGUCCAAACAACAGGAAAUGGAUACCAUUGUGGACAACAUCUAUACCGCUAUUCAACGCGAGUCUCACCUGGAGUCAACUCUAUUUGUUCUAUGCGGUGAUCACGGCAUGAAUGAAGCAGGGAAUCACGGCGGUUCAUCUGCCGGCGAAACAUCACCAGCGCUACUCUUCAUUUCGCCCAAGUUUGAAAUCAUGGGCGCUCGGUUGGAAAGUCCCAUCGAAACGCCCGACGAUCUUCGAUUUUAUCAAACUGUUCAGCAGUCAGAUAUCACCACGACAUUGGCGGGUCUGUUGGGAUUACCAAUUCCUUUGAAUAGCCUGGGAGUUUUCAUUCCUGGUCUUCUGGAUAUGUGGGAGUCUGGAUCUCAGAAACUUCAACUUCUAUCUCGAAAUGCCCGGCAGUUACUGAAAGUCGCCCAGUCUACAUUUCCCAGCGCCACUUUUGACACCGAAGCCUUUUCAGACUGUAAUCCGGACAACCUUUCCGGCAUUGAUGAAAUUCAAUGCACAUGGUCGCAAGCCCACAAGCUUCUUUCCAAUCAACAGUUUUCAGAUUCUGAAGAAGCAUAUCCCGCUAUUGAACAAGCCUUACUGCGGUUCUCGCGGGCCACGCAGGAGGUGAUGAGUAGUACCGCUAGCAACUAUGACAUGUCCCGACUUGUUGGUGGACUGCUAAUCCUAGCGCUUGCAACCUCACUACUUUUGCCUCGAAUUUACCAUGAAUUCUCUCAGACCGUUUCUACUGGUAUCUUCUUGGUGUUUAUGGUUGUUGGAUACGGAAGCAUGAUGUUUGCGAGCAGCUAUGUUGAAGAAGAGCAACAGUUCUGGUAUUGGAUAUGCUCGGGCUGGAUGUUCUACCUGCAUAUGCGAUCGGAAUCUCCGCAGAACUCAUCGCGCAGGAAGGCCGGAUCAUCUCCCUUCCGCUUGAUCAAACUGGCGACAUUGGGGCUAAUUGCUUCACAUCGGGUACUUCGGAGAUGGAAUCAAACGGGGCAGAAGUUCACGGCCGAACCGGACAUCGCUCGAGACUUCUUUCCUGCCCAUCUGGUCGCUCUAUGGGGACUGGUGAUAUUGACAUACGUGGACUCUGGCUAUCAUUUGCUGGCAAAUAUGCCAGCCUCUGCACCGGCAAAACUGAUGGCUUUGAUCACACCCGCACUGGGCUUCAUGUUCAAACUUAAUUUUGCGGCGAACGAUUCGCCCGAGCUUCUCGCAAAUACCCCCCCUGCAAGAUUGGUCUUCGGUGGACUUGCUUGCUGUGGACUCUUGGCGAUCGUCUCUGCGAAGGCAUCACGGUCAACACAGAUAUCCAAAUCCAACGCCCUUUUCCACGAAGCUCUCCAUCUCUUCCUAAUGACCCAAUCCAGGAUAACCAACGUCCCAAUCUUUCUCCUAUUUCGAACCCAAGGCGCGAUCUUAUCAUCGCUCAACCUCACCGGAAUCGAAGUAACGGCCACCACCCUGAUACUGCAGUACAUGACAUUCUUCGCCUUUGGCGGGUCAAAUUCGAUCUCCUCAGUCGAUCUUUCAAGCGCUUAUAAUGGGGUCGGCAGUUAUAGCGUGGUUGGAGUCGGCAUUCUGACUUUCGUCAGUAACUGGGCCGGACCUGUUUGGUGGAUUUCGAAGGGCCAUCUUCUUCGCCCUCGCACGCCUCCCUCUGAGUCCCCCGAGGGAGAAAAGCAUGACUCCGCAGCGCUGUUCACAUUCCAAGUCGCCGCAUCAUUGCUUUCCGUCAUGGCAGCUUGUACAGCACUCAGAACACAUUUGUUCAUCUGGACCGUGUUCUCGCCGAAAUAUCUCUAUAGCAUGGCGUGGGCGACGGCAAACCAUGUUGCAGUCAAUAUUCUGGGCGGAAUCGGUCUCGCCUGUCUCUGGCCGCGAAGAUAG